AGUAAUAUUUUACGGUUGUGUACAACAAUGGCGGACGCUGCGGCGAGAAGUUUACAAUACGAAUAUAAAGCGAACUCAAAUCUUGUACUUCAAGCUGAUAGAUCUUUAAUUGAAAGAAGACCUAGAGAUGAAGCCACUGGAGAAGUAUUGCCCCUUACGUCUGAUGUUCUCAAAAUUACUCGAAUGGGAGAUAAAGCCAUUCGAGGAAAACCAACACAGAAAUCAGAAGAACAGAAAGCAAAGAAGGCUAAAAAGUCGAAAGCAACUAUCACUACCCACAGUAAAAUAACAGGUCCCAGAGCUGGGGUGUUAGCGGAAGAUGACGACUUAGCCACAGGCAUUUUGUACAGACCAAAAACCACAGAAACAAAAAGAACUUAUGAGAUUUUAUUAAGUGUAAUUAACGAAGCUAUUGGAGAUCAACCUAGAGAUGUUUUAUGUGGAGCAGCUGAUGAGGUUUUAUCUGUUUUAAAAACCGGAGAUGUUCGCGAUUCACAACGUAAAAGUGAUAUAGAAUCUUUGCUUGGACCUUUACCAGAUGAAAGAUUAGCUCUUUUAAUGAAUCUUUCAAAGAAAUUGUCAGAUUGGGGCGUUGAAGAAAACACACAGACAUUAGGUGAUACUGCAGUUGACGAAGACGGUAUCAAUGUACAGUUUGAAGAAAGUGAUAACGAAGAUGAAGAUGGAAUGGGGGAUGAAGUUCAAGAAGACGAUGAAGAUGAUGAUGAAGAGGGAAUGGAAACUCAGGACAAUAUGACAUUGUCAGCUAAAUUAGGAGAUAUUUCUAGUUCAAAGAGUGAAACAGAUAUAUUAAAUCCACACGACGUUGACGCGUAUUGGUUGCAGAGAAAAUUAAGAUCUCUGUACGAUGAUCCAGUGGUUGCUCAAUCAAGAGCCGCAGAUGUAAUUCAAGCACUACAGGAUGCUAAUGACGAAAGAGAUGUUGAAAAUAAGCUCGUUCUCCUUCUUGGAUUUUCCAAUUUUGAUCUCAUUCGAACUAUUCGAGCUAACCGAAAUACAGUCUUAUAUUGCAGUCUUUUAGCACAAGCUCAAUCAACAGCAGAGAAAGAAAAAAUCGAAAAAAUUAUGAAGGAAGACCCUGAAUUAGCUAAAAUUUUGCAUGUUUUAAAAGAUACCCGGGGCAAAUCUGAUAUUGUUGUUGAAGAACAGAAGCGCCGGAAAGCUGACAGGCAACGUAAAAUUGAUCAGGAGAUGGAAUAUGAAGAUAUGACGACGACAGAAGGGCCAACAGCUACAGUUGAUCUGGAUGAUUUAAUUUUCAACCAGGGUUCUCUACUUAUGGCUAACAAAAAAUGCGAAUUACCUGAUGGAUCUGUAAGAAAGCAGCGAAAAGGUUAUGAGCAGGUGCACGUUCCAAAUCUUAAGCCAAAAGCUUUUGGAGAUAGCGAAGAGUUAAUACCUAUUUCUAAGCUACCCAGUUAUGCUCAACCUGCUUUUGAAGGCUAUGAGAAACUGAACAGGGUUCAAAGUAAAGUAUGUGAUGCUGCACUUAACAAUGAUGAAAAUCUUUUGGUUUGUGCGCCAACUAGUUCUGGUAAAACUAAUGUGGCACUUCUGACUAUUUUGAGAGAAAUAGGCAAGAAUGUGAGAAGUGAUGGAACUAUUGAUACUAGUAGCUUUAAAGCCAUUUAUAUUGCACCUAUGCGAUCAUUGGUACAGGAAAUGGUUGGCUCUUUUAGAAAGCGACUCGGAAAUUACAACUUGGUUGUUGAUGAACUUACAGGUGAACAUCAAUUGACCAGAGAUCAAUUAGUAAAUACGCAACUAGUUGUUUGCACCCCUGAAAAGUGGGAUAUUGUUACUAGAAAAGGAGGAGCGCUUGCAUAUACUACUCGGUUAUUAAUUAUUGAUGAAGUUCAUUUGCUGCAUGACGACCGUGGUCCAGUUCUCGAAGCUAUUGUUGCUAGGACAUUGCGUGCCAGUGAAGCUAAACAGGAGCAUGUUAGAAUUGUUGGACUUUCUGCCACCUUACCUAACUAUGCCGACGUAGCCACUUUCCUUAGAGUUCCCGCUGAUAAAGGACUAUUUCACUUUGAUAACACUUUCCGACCUGUCUGCCUAGAGCAAAACAUGAUUGGUAUUUCUGAAAAGAAAGCUGUUAAACGCUGGCAACUGAUGAACGAAUUGGUAUACGAGCGACUAAUGGCAGCGGCGGAAAAGAACAAGCAGGUUCUUAUCUUUGUUCAUUCAAGGAAAGAGACAGCAAAAACUGCUAGAGCCCUCCGGGAUAUGUGUAUUGAAAAAGAAACUCUGAGUCAAGUAGUGAAACACGGUACAGCUGUAACAGAAGUUUUGCGCCAGGAAGCAGAGCAUGUUAAAGACAAGAACCUAAAAGAGUUAUUACCGUAUGGUUUUGCUAUACAUCAUGCUGGUAUGCAAAGAGUUGACAGAACGUUGGUAGAAGACCUGUAUGCUGAUCGUCAUAUUCCCGUUUUAGUAUCGACAGCAACAUUAGCUUGGGGUGUUAAUCUUCCUGCUCAUACUGUCGUAAUCAAAGGAACUCAAGUGUACAGUCCAGAAAAAGGUCGAUGGACUGAGUUGGGCGCCUUAGACGUAUUGCAGAUGAUGGGUCGUGCUGGUAGACCUCAAUACGAUAGUAAAGGUGUGGGAGUUUUAAUAACUCAUCACCAACAAUUACAAUAUUAUUUAUCUGUUAUGAACGAGCAACUUCCAAUUGAGUCUCAGUUGGUUUCGAAACUGGCCGACAUUUUGUGUGCAGAGGUAGUUCUUGGAACGAUUUCCAGCGUAAAAGAAGCUGUGAAUUGGUUGGGCUAUACAUAUCUAUAUGUUAGAAUGAUGAGAAAUCCCAACCUGUAUGGAAUUUCCGCCGACCAGAAGAAGUCUGACAAACAUCUAGAACAAUUUAGAACUGAAUUGAUUCAUACAGCUGCAUUAAUAUUAGAUAAACAAGGUCUGGUGAGAUAUCAAAAGAGAGCCGGAAUCAUAGCCCCCACAGAUUUGGGCAGAAUAGCAUCUCAUUUCUAUCUUUCUUCACCAACUAUUAGCACUUAUCAACAACUACUUAAACCGACUUUGAGCGAGCUCGAAUUGCUAAGAGUUUUUGCCUUGUCAAAUGAAUUCAAAAAUAUUUCUGUUAGAGAUGAAGAAAAACUGGAGUUAUCCAAAUUAAUGGAAAGAGUUCCAAUACCUAUCAAAGACGGUGUGGAUGAAUCAGCAGCUAAAAUCAAUGUUUUACUUCAAGCCUUCAUCAGCGGUUUAUCCUUAGACGGUCUUGCUUUAGUUGCCGAUAUGAUGUAUGUAACACAAAGCGCUGCCCGUCUUCUUAGAGCUAUGCACGCCAUAGUGAUGUGGAGAGGCUGGGCUGCUGUAGCAGGUCGAUGUUUGGCUCUAUGUAAGAUGGUUGAGAAACAUCAGUGGUCAUCCCAAUGCCCUCUGAGGCAAUUCGGAAAGAAACUAAAAUCAGACAUUGUAAGCCGCCUGGAAAAGAAAGCAUUGGCUUGGGAUAGGAUCAUAGAGUUAUCACCCGUUGAACUUGGAGAUUUAUUAAGAACUCCAAAAGUAGGCAGACAAGUUCAUAAAUUUAUUCACCACAUUCCCAAGGUUGAAGUAUCUGUUCACGUUCAACCUAUAACUAGAGCAAUUCUGCGUUUAGAAUUGACGCUCACGCCAGAUUUUGAUUGGGACGAAAAGAUUCAUGGUCCAUCUGAAGUAUUUUUCGUCUUUGUUGAGGAUGUUGAUAGCGAAAUUAUUGUACAACAUGAAAUGGUAAUCUUGAAGGCACAAUAUGGACAAGAGUCUUAUACGAUGAGAAUGCUUAUACCUAUCUUAGAACCUCUACCUCCUCACUACUUUGUAAGAAUUAUUUCCGAACGGUGGAUAGGAUCAGAAACAUUGCUACCUGUCAGUUUUAGGCAUCUAGUUCUGCCAGAUAGGUCACCACCACCUACGGAUCUUCUAGAUUUGCAACCAUUGCCAGUAUCUGCAUUGAGACGACAACAAUUUGAACCGUUAUACCAACAUAUUAAAACUUUAAACCCUAUACAAACCCAGGUGUUCAACUCUCUUUACAAUUCGGAUGAUAAUGUUCUCGUUUGCGCUCCUUCUGGAAGUGGCAAAACGCUUUGUGCUGAAUUGGCAAUGCUUAGAGCAUUUACAAACAAGCCAGACACACGGGUUGUAUAUGUCACGUCAAGAUUAACAUUAGCCGAGCAAUUAUAUAAUGACUGGAGUCAAAGAUUUGGAAGUGUUUUGGGUAAGAAAGUAGUCAUGCUUAUAGGAGAAACAGCAGCUGAUUUGAAGCUCCUAGCUAGAGCCCAUAUCGUAAUUUCUACUCCUUCUAGAUGGGAUGUGCUUAGCAGAAGAUGGAAGCAGCGUAAGAAUGUACAGGCUGUUGGUUUAUUUAUUGCUGAUGAGUUGCAUGAAAUUGGAGGAGAUAAAGGUCCUGUCUUAGAAAUAGUAUGCUCUCGUAUGCGAUACAUGGCGUCUCAGUUGGGCCAAGGAAAAACAACAGGAGCAGGUGUAAGAAUUGUGGCCUUAUCAGCACCUUUAGCUCACGCUAGAGAUGUUGCUGGUUGGCUGGGUGUUCCAGCUCAAGCUUCAUUUAAUUUCCAUCCGAAUGUCCGACCAAUUCAAUUAGAAUUACAUGUUGAAGGUUUCCCAACCUCUCAUGCUGCAACGAGACUGGACCAUAUGAUUAAGCCAGUGUAUAAUGCUAUUGUAAAUCAUUCACCUGAUCCCAGUCAGAAUUCAAUUGUCUUUGUUGCUUCAAGAAAACAGACGAGAUCAGUUGCUGUUGAUCUCUUGACAUUAGCCGCUGCGGAUGAACGAAAGACUCGGUUUGCUCAUGCUGAUGAGGAAGAUAUGAUGCCUUUGUUGGAAAAAUUAGAGGAUUCUACCCUGAAAAAGACAACCGCUGAUGGCGUGGCCUAUAUUCAUGAAGGAGUCAGUGACUUAGACAAACGCAUAAUAGAACAACUUUUUUCAAAGGGAGCAAUACAUGUCCUUGUUGCCUCUAGACCGAUGGCUUGGUCUUUAAAAGUUAGAGCUCAUUCCGUAGUAGUCAUGGACACUCAAUGGUAUGAUGGAAGAGUUCAUGCGUGGGAUGAUUAUCCAGUUGUUGAUAUUUUGCGUAUGGUUGGUAGAGCUGGUCGACCUGAUAUAGAUGACGACGCGAAGGCUGUUCUGCUCUGCCAUUCUUCAAGGAAAGACAUGCUAAAGCGUUUUGUUUAUGAGCCCUUGCCUGUUGAGAGUCAUUUGGACCACACUCUUCACGAUCACUUUAAUGCUGAAGUCGUAACCAAAACAAUUGAAAACAAACAAGAUGCAGUAGAUUAUCUAACAUGGACCCUCUUGUAUCGUCGUCUGACCCAUAAUCCUAAUUACUACAACGUCGCUGGCGUAACUCACAGACAUUUGAGUGAUCAUUUAUCCGAAUUGGUUGAUGAUACAUUGAACGAUUUGCAAUCAGCAAAAUGCGUUUCAAUCGAUGAUGAGAUGGACACAUCUCCCCUUAAUUUAGGAAUGAUUGCAUCUUACUAUUAUAUACACUACACUUCUAUUGAACUACUUUCCAUGUCGCUAAGUUCAAAAACAAAAUUGAAAGGUUUAUUAGAUGUUCUUUCUAACGCUGCUGAAAUGGCGGAUCUGGACGUACGAAGAGGAGAAGCCCAAGUUUUGCAACAAUUAGCUCAAAAGCUUCCUAAUAAAUUGCCAGGUUCAUCGAAAUUUAACGAUCCUCAUACGAAGGCACAUGUUCUGUUACAAGCCCAUCUCUCAAGAGUUCAGCUUCCACCCGAAUUGGCCGAGGAUGCCAAAGUUGUUGUCACAAACACUCUUCGCUUGGUUCAUGCUUCUGUGGACGUAUUAUCAUCAAAUGGCUGGCUUUCACCAGCUCUAGGAGCAAUGGAAUUAGCUCAGAUGAUCACUCAGGCUUGUUGGUCGAAAGAUUCCAACCUGAGACAAUUACCGCAUUUCUCUAAACCGUUGAUAGAAAAAUGCUUGGAAGCUAAAAUUGAAACUGUUUUCGAUAUUAUGGAAAUGGAAGAUGAUGAUCGUGUUAAGUUGCUGAAUAUGACUGAGGUUCAAUUAGCUGACGUUGCCCGAUUCUGCAAUAGAUAUCCAAAUAUUGAACUGAAAUAUGAUUUACCAGAAAACGUAUACGCUGGAAGACAAAUGCAAGUUACAGUCACUAUUGAAAGAGAAGAUGAUGAAGAGACAGUAGGACCAAUUAUUGCACCUCUCUUCCCUCAUAAGAGAGAUGAGGGCUGGUGGGUAGUUAUCGGUGAACCGAAACAUAAUUCUCUCGUCAGCAUAAAAAGACUAACUCUUCUUCAACAUAAAGCAUCCAUAAAACUCGACUUUAUCGCUCCGGCUCAUAGCGGAAGUAACACUUACACCUUAUACUUCAUGUCCGAUGCAUACAUGGGGUGCGAUCAGGAAUAUAAGUUUACACUCGAUGUUAAGCGUGGUAAACCGAAAGAUUCUGAUAGCGAAUGAAGAGAAAAAUGAAAUAGACAUUAAAUUUUUUUUUCUUUAUAUUUUUUUAAGUGGUGUGUCUUUUAAAUUGUGUAAAGGACAUGUUGUUUACAUUUAGUUUAAGUUUACUAUAAAUGUUGAAAGAAAAUUACUAUCUGUAAUUAGGACAUGGAGCGAUUGAAAAUGUAGAAUAUAUUGUAUAAAAUAAACAACAUCAGAUACUUCUUUAAUAAAUUACUGUCAAACCUUUACUUCAUUAUUUG